CAAAAUGAAGCCUACUCUAUUUGCAGGUAUGGUAGCAACCAUUUUUGACAUGGAACAGCUGGUGGACAUGACAUCAAUUGGCACCCUCACGGCAUACACAAUUGUCUCAUUCUGCAUAUUACUACUACGCUAUGAGGUGCAAGGAGUUACGGAGGAAAAGGGUUUGACCCAAACUGCAGACACCCUGGCAGAGGGCAGCACCUUACUGAGAGCUUUCUUCAACAUGGACAAAGCCGCCACUCCAACCUCCCAGUCCAGUCUCAUUGUCAAACUCAUGGUGGCGUUUUUCACUCUUUCCUCGGUGGCAUUCAGUGCAUCAGUGGCGGGAGUGAGUAAUGCCACCACCAGACCUUUUGCGGUUUUCCUGAUGGUGCUGAGCUCAGCUGGAAUCAUAGCUAGUGUGCUGGUGAUCAUCAGACAGCCACAAUCCAGAGAACAGCUGUCAUUCAGGGUACCUCUUGUUCCUAUACUGCCAAUUGUGAGCUCUUUCAUGAACAUUUUCCUGAUGGUGAUGCUGAAUGUGCAGACUUGGGUACGGUUCUUCAUAUGGAUGCUACUGGGAUUUGUCAUUUAUUUUGGAUAUGGUAUAAGACACAGUGCUGAAGCCAAGAAAAGAGAGCAGUCUCCACCAGCCUAUAACAUGAGUAAUCCGCCUGCCAGAUUCUCUGUCACUGUUGAUUAAUGCAUUGCAAAUAAAUUUUUUACUGUUUCUCAUCCA